ACGGAGACAUGUCGAAACAAACUGUCGGCCGGCAGUCUUAUUAAUCUUGGUCACAUUCCGCAUGCGUGCCAAUCUACCUGUUGCGCUGUCCCUGUAGUGCUGUAAAUAAACAAUUAUCAGCAAAUAACGACGAAACCAAAAUGCUGCACAAAAUGCAGACCAUGGCCUCGUGGUCCCGUCGUUUCGCAACCACUUGCAGCAAUGCCAGCCAAAAGGUGGUGCAUCGUCAAAUCAACAAACUGUUGAUAGCCAACAGGGGAGAAAUUGCGUGUCGUGUGAUGAGGACGGCAAACCGUCUUGGCAUUCGCACUGUUGCUGUUUUUUCCGAUGCGGAUGAAAAAUCACUCCACGUAAAGCUAGCAAACGAAGCAUACAACAUUGGCCCGGCCGCUUCGCAACAGUCGUACCUUCGUGGCGAUAAAAUUCUGGCAGUUGCCAAGAAGGCCGGUUGUCAAGCUAUUCACCCCGGAUACGGAUUCUUAUCGGAAAAUGUGGAGUUUGCGGAACUGUGCCAACAAGAACAAGUUACGUUCAUCGGUCCGCCGGCAAGUGCCAUUCGAGACAUGGGUAUUAAGAGCACCUCCAAACACAUCAUGUCUGCUGCUGGCGUACCGAUCAUCAACGGUUAUCACGGAGAGGAUCAGUCCGACGAGAAGCUUAUGCAAGAGGCGAAGAAGAUUGGGUUUCCGCUAAUGAUCAAGGCAGUUCGCGGUGGAGGAGGCAAAGGUAUGCGUAUCGCUGAAACUGAAGCAGAUUUUAUGCCCAUGCUGCAGUCUGCUCGUACGGAGUCGGAGAAAGCUUUCGGUGAUAGUGCCAUGCUAUUAGAACGUUACGUGCGAUCUCCAAGGCACGUUGAAGUGCAAGUGUUUGCCGAUCAUUACGGCAACGCAGUCUACCUUUACGAGCGCGAUUGUUCGGUGCAACGGAGGCAUCAAAAGAUCAUAGAAGAAGCACCUGCUCCGGGGCUGUCGGAAGAGUUGCGCAAACAGCUCGGAGAGGCCGCGGUUCGCGCUGCGAAAGCCGUCAAUUACGUCGGGGCCGGAACGGUUGAGUUCAUUCUGGAUAAAGAAGAUCUUUCAUUUCACUUCAUGGAAAUGAAUACUCGGCUACAGGUGGAGCAUCCCAUCACGGAAAUGAUUACCGGGACUGAUUUGGUAGAAUGGCAGAUAAAGGUAGCUGCAGGGGAGCGUCUUCCGGUAACGCAGGAAGACAUUGUCAAGCGGGGUCACGCCUUUGAAGCUCGUAUCUAUGCCGAAGACCCCGCGGGGGGCUUUCUCCCUGGUGCAGGACCAUUGGAUUAUCUUUCCACGCCAGAAACAUCAAAUACUACCCGUGUAGAAACCGGUGUUCGCCAAGGAGACGAGGUGUCCAUCCAUUACGAUCCAAUGAUAGCAAAGCUAGUUGUUUGGGGAGAAAAUCGUGCUAGCAGUUUGCAGUUGUUAAUCGAGCAACUGACAAACUAUCAAAUUGCUGGUUUGCAGACCAACAUAAACUUUCUGAUCGAUCUGGCACGACAUGAGCAUUUCCAGGCUGCAGAUGUACACACGGGAUUCAUUGAGCAGCACACGGCUACACUUUUCCCGAAAAAGGUGAUACCAGCCACAAAGGUAGUUCAGAUGGCGUUAGCGCAUACACUCAACGAACGGGUUCAAUCUGGCGCCAGCUUGGGAGCAAAAACAUGUGGGCCAUUUGAUGUAGAGUACGGAUUCCGACCAAACUAUCGUGUACCACGUUCCAUCAAAAUAAAAAUUGGUGCCAUGGAACACAUUGUGACCAUCGAAACAGAUAACGACGGCAGCUACUCCGUCCGUGUGGACGAUGGCGAAUGGAUGAAGGUAACGGUACGGCGCAAACCAUACGCUAACCGAUUCCUGUUGGAAACUAAUAUCGAGGGACACGUGUCGUGUUUCAACGCCGUUAUUUCGGGAGAAAAUAUUUCCCUUUUCGAUGAGAACGGCAUGAUUGGUGGAGAAAUUGUUCAGCCCCGUUUUCUCGUUACCGAAAGCUCGAUGGGUGGAGUCGAUGCAUCCAGUGUAACUGCCCCAAUGCCCGGAGUGCUCGACAAGCUGUUCGUUAAGCCGGGAGACACUGUAAAAGCUGGUACACCGGUAGCAGUGCUGAUUGCAAUGAAAAUGGAACACGUUUUAAAAGCCGCAAAGGAUGGAGUUGUUAAAGCAAUACCUAACGCUGAAGGUAGCAACGUCCGUAAAGGCGCCACAUUGAUUUCGUUCGAGUGAUGGAACGUUAAGAACACAACGACCUUGCAUUUAACCUGUUCUAAACAGUCUGACACAAAGUGCAUUUAUUAGAAAUUAAGGCAAUUUUGUAGAUUUUAGAGAAAAAUAUCAUUGAAAUGAUACAAACGCAACAACAAUAACAUUCUGCUAGGGUGGCGUUUAACGCCAGAGAAGUGGUCGUUAGUCCACGAUUCUCGUCAAUAUAUCAAAGAUAUUGCAAAAAUCACAGGUACACAUUGAUAAUUGUGAUUGAAUGGUUCGAGGUGAAACAAAAAACAAAUUUAUUAUAGAAAAGUAAUUUCAUUAUACAGUUUAUCUAGUUCUAUCAGCGGAAAGCGUCUGAUGCAGAUAAUUUCAAAAGAUUUUAAAUCAAAUAGUUCACAUCAUUACAAAUCAAAUCGAAUUUCUAAUAACUACGUCCUUUCGCGUAGCAGCAAUACUUUACUUUGCCGGUCAAUUAUUAGACAUGAAUAAAGCAAUCAUACCCGUAGUAUAUUUUGCGUAUAGCGAGAUGCAAUCAAAUUAUGUUACAUUCCAAAAUUUAUUGUCAAUAAAAUCAAAUAUGUCCCAAAAUAUGGAA